GUCCCCGUGGAGGGGCGGGCUGAGGUCGCGGCCUGCGUUGGGAAGGCGGCACCGCGCGGCUCAGCCUUCCGCUUCUCUCCGCUGUACCGGCCGGGGCAGGUGGCGCCCCGCGUGUUCCGCUGGUCCCGCGGAUCCUCGGUGGCCAUGCGGCUCCUCACCGGCGCUUCCAGCGCAGUGCCGACGGCAGCACUACUGCUGCUGCUGCUGCUGGCUCCCGGAAGUAAAGAGAUGAUGAAUACCAGCAGUACUACACCCUUCACAACGAUUCCAGACCCUAAGUUGAAAGUCAGUAGUAGUUUGCCCUCCAGUCUCACUGUUUCAUCAUCUACAAAAUCAACAACAUCUACAGUAGGUACGUCCACCCAUACUACUCACCCAACCAGCACCAGUCAGCCUGUCAACACCACUGUGUCUGUCAUCUUGACGACUCAACCCACCAAAACCAGCCAGACAACAAGAUUCACCACAGCUCCAUCAGUCACAUCAUCACAACCGAAUAUUACAGUGGUGACCACUUCCAAGAUUUCUUUCACUUCUGUAACAGGCACAUCAAAAUCUAAGGCUGUCAUAGCCAAAACCUCCAGAUUUGAUGUGGGCAGUUUUGUAGGUGGCAUUCUGCUGACGCUUGGAGUCUUAGUUAUUCUCUACAUUGGAUGCAAAACCUAUCACUCUAGAAGAGGCAUUCAGUACAGAACCAUUGAUGAACAUGAUGCCAUCAUUUAAAGAGACUUCAGGGAAGAAGAAACCCAUUCUGUCACAGCUGUUUAACUUGCUUCUGGAAGAGUAUCUUUCAUAAAGAUGAUACCAGUCUCUAGACCUGCCUUCAGUGUGAUCCUGCAAAAUGUUGAAAAGCUCUUUAAACAUCCUGAUUUUUUUUUGCAUUGGCUUUCAUAAGGAGAAGAGGAACUCAGUGCUCUGUAGAGACAGUAUUUUCUUUUUCCAGUAUUUGUAACCAGAUGUAAAGAAAUGCACAUCUUGAGUCAUUUUCAGGUACACACACAAGUCUAAAAUAGCACAGUGGAUCGCAGCCUUGCAAUUAAGUUUAGUUAUUUCUCACAUACUUUAUAAAUCCAGUGUGUUCUAUAAUGGAUAUAGUAGAUCUAAUUAGGAUACAUUUGAGAGUAGGCAUAGGUUUUUUGCAAGUAAAAUGGAGUAUUUUUUUUCCUAAGAUUUUGUAUUAAACUUAUUUAUUUUGAAGUUUGA